GAGGAGAAGUUCUCCAGGCGCCCCGCUCCGCUCUGCUUCAGUUCCCUUCAUCGCCGAUAGGGGCGGCCGCGGCCUCCGCAGCGGCAACAGCCGGGAAGCUGAGCGGCCCGCGUUUCCAGCCGGGCCAUUUUCUCCGCCGGGCCCCAGCAUGGCUGCCCCCAGGGCUGCGGGCCGUGCAGCUGCAGCACUCUGGCUUUCCUGACAUCCCCUGGCUUCUGUGCUUUCCUUGCCUUCCCCGGGCCACCCCAGCAGACAUGUUUGCCAAGGCCUUUCGGGUCAAGUCCAACACGGCCAUCAAGGGGUCGGACAGGAGAAAGCUUCGGGCUGAUGUGGCAGCUGCUUUCCCCACCCUUGGAACUGAUCAGGUCUCUGAGUUAGUACCUGGAAAGGAGGAACUCAACAUUCUGAAGUUGUAUGCUCACAGAGGGGAUGCAGUGACUGUGUACGUGAGUGGUGGUAACCCCAUCCUAUUUGAACUGGAGAAAAAUCUGUAUCCGACAGUGUACGCGCUGUGGUCUUAUCCUGAUCUUCUACCAACCUUCACAACAUGGCCUCUGGUACUUGAAAAACUGGUCGGAGGAGCAGAUUUGAUGCUGCCGGGACUAGUUGUGCCCCCUGCUGGUCUGCCGCAGGUACAGAAAGGGGACCUCUGUGCCAUUGCCUUGGUGGGGAACAGAGCCCCUGUAGCAAUUGGAGUUGCUGCCAUGUCCACAGCUGAGAUGCUGACUUCAGGCCUGAAGGGAAGGGGCUUCUCAGUGCUCCACACUUACCAGGACCAUCUGUGGCGAUCUGGAGACAAGUCCUCUCCACCUUCCAUUGCUCCACUGGCCCUGGAUCCUGCAGACCUCAGUGAAGAGAAGGAGUCUGUCCAGGUGAACCCUGCCUUGCAGGGAGACAUGGGGCGCCUGACCCUGGAGGGAGAGGAGGAGGAGAAUGGGGAGCUUCACCAGGCGAGUGGGGAGAAGGCCCUCUCAGAAGCCUCAGAAGAUACCAGCACUGGGGGCCCGAACCAAGACUCCACAGACAGCAAAACCCUUCAAGAGCAAAUGGAUGAAUUAUUACAGCGAUGUUUCUUGCAUGCUUUGAAGUGCCGAGUCAAAAAAGCUGACCUCCCUUUACUCACCAGCACUUUCCUUGGCAGCCACAUGUUCUCCUGCUGCCCUGAAGGACGACAGCUGGACAUAAAGAAGUCAAGCUACAGAAAGCUCUCUAAGUUCCUGCAGCAAAUGCAGCAGGAGCAGAUUAUACAGGUGAAGGAGCUGAGCAAAGGGGUGGAGAGCAUUGUGGCUGUGGACUGGAAACACCCGAGGAUCACCUCUUUCGUCAUGCCCGAGCCCUCCCCGACCUCCCAGACUAUCCAGGAGGGUAGCAGGGAACAGCCCUAUCACCCUCCAGAUAUAAAAUCCCUCUACUGUGUCCCAGCCAGCAUGACCCUGCUCUUCCAGGAGUCUGGCCACAAGAAGGGCAGCGUGCUGGAGGGCAGCGAGGUCCGAACCGUCGUCAUUAACUACGCCAAGAAGAAUGACCUGGUGGAUGCAGACAACAAAAAUCUUGUAAAGUUGGAUCCCAUCCUAUGUGACUGCCUCUUAGAGAAAAAUGAACAGCACACAGUCAUGAAGCUUCCAUGGGACAGUCUCCUGAGCAGAUGUUUGGAAAAAUUACAGCCUGCCUAUCAAGUGACCUUUCCCGGACAAGAGCCCAUUGUGAAGAAAGGGAAAAUCUGUCCAAUUGACAUCACCUUAGCACAGAGAGCUUCUAAUAAAAAGGUGACCGUGGUCCGGAACUUGGAGACCUAUGGUCUGGACCCAUGCUCAGUGGCUGCCAUCCUCCAGCAGCGAUGCCAGGCCAGCACCACCGUCACUCCUGCCUCCGGGGCCAAGGACAGCCUGCAGGUGCAGAUCCAGGGAAACCAGAUCCACCACCUCAGCUGGCUGUUGCUCGUUGUUGAGCACCCAAUCUCUGCCGGAUACUUUGCUGGGCUUGUCGCAGGCAUCGCUACUAAUCGUAAUGAUGUUGCAGAACUGUGAGCUAUUUUGCAGAUGAGGAAACUGAGGUUCCAGAGAGGUUUGGUGCCCUGCCCUGAGAUCAGCUGACUCUUGAGUGCUUCAGCUCGGCUUGGAAUCUUUUUAGACUCCAGAGCCCAAGGUCUUUCUGCUAACUCUGGGCCACCUAGCUUCCAGUUUGUCCUUAGUGCAAAUCAGCUUCCACAUCUCUGUCUGAUCAGCUUUCUUAGACAAAUGUGAUCAUAUCACUCCCCUCUAAAACACUUUUCUUUUCUUUUUUAAAAAAUUUAAAAAGUUUUUUUAAAGGACACAGUGACUGGAAUCUAAUAAACUUUGUAUACCUCUUCUGUGCUUUCAGAAUAAACUCCUAAGCUAGUAAACGAGACCCUCCCAGCCUGAGCGCAUUUUUCCUGCCGUCUGUCUGGCAGCUCGGCACCCCCAUGCCAGGCAUCGCUGUAUGCUUGCUGUCCCCAAAUACACAUGCUAUUUCCUCACUUGUACACUUUCACCUGGGCUGUCCUCUCGCCUAAUGUACCUUCCCGCAACCUGAAUCUGCCUCACCCGCAAAAGCUCACGGGCCCAGCUCCAGGGUCGUGGGGAGCCUGUCCCAGAGCAUGGCCUAUUUCCCUAAAUUAGCGUUUAAAAAAUUGCUAACGUAGCACUUUCCCAUCGUGUGUAUAUUUCUGGCUAGUAUCUGCAGCUCGGCUAAUUUUUUUCUAUCUGAACCCCCUGCCAGACUGAGCUUCUCGAGGCAGAAACCUCCCCUGUUCAUCCUCAGGGCCUGGCACACAGUAAAUGCCCAAUAAGCAAAUUCACGUCACGGCCUAUGGCAGUACCCAGCAGCUAACUUCUAGAGUGGGGUUCCUUUAUGUGAAGAACCCCAUGUGAGGUGCUGAGAAGAAAUAUAGAGGAAAAUAGAUGAAUGCACGAUUCAACACAGACACAUAUAUUCUCUCUCAUGAGAAAAUUAUAAAUGCCCGAAGCACACCUAGAAAGCAGCUAAUCAGUGCGAAGAUUACUGAAACAAACACUUGAGCCUUGAGGUACAGGGACAGAUGGUCCAUCCAGAAGGCCUCCCUGGGAAGCUGGGUCUGAGCUGGGUGUGGAAGAGCAGAUCACAUGACGGGAGUUCUUGAUGGCAGGAAUGAGCCCUGUGUGGGGCUGAGGGGGCCGGGGGUCAGCUGUGGCCAUGGGGUCGGGGCCCAGGAGUGACACGGUGAGCCGAAGGGGAAGCGUGGGGGGCCAGCGGGG